UUCAAGGGGAGGGAACUAUACAGACUUUAUUAUAAAAACAUGAAGUUACAAAGAAGAAGACCCACUCAUGACCGUCCACCAACCACAUCUAGCAGGCAGGAUGGCCGGCAAACAUGCAAAUGAUGGGCCAACAAAGCUGAGGAUUAUCCUCGUUGGAAAGACCGGCGGUGGGAAGACUUCAACCAUCAACACGUUCCUGGGUAAACCUGCUGUGAAAAAGAAGAAGCCCCUUCUCUCAGAUACAACACCGUGCAAGUCGGAGACGGCACAGUUUGGAGACCAAGACCUGGUUUUAGUUGAUACUCCUGGUCUUUGCCACACCAAGUUUACAAAAGAGGAAGUGCUGAGCAAGAUCACUGCAUCCACCUUUGAGGCUGAUCAGGGUCCUCAUGUGUUCCUGUAUGUGCAAAAAUGGGAGGGAGAUAACACACAAGACGAGAAACGAGUGGAAGUCCUGAAGAAGAUGUUUGGCGACGCGUCGGUGCCUUACUUUUUCCUCUUGAUGACUCAUGUAGACGGAGCUGAGGAUGAGGAUGAGAUAACAAAGUUUACUCAGAGAGUUGGUUUUAAAACAGAGAACUACUGUGUCAUUAACAACAAAGGUGAAAAAGACCAGAAAACUGAAACAGUAAAGGAGCUGGUGGACAAAAUCAAUCAGGUGGUGCAAACUAACAAGGCAGAGGGCAAAGAAUAUUACACCAAGGAAAUGUUGGAAGAACAUAAGAACAGGCUGAAACCAACAAAGCCGGUCAGUGCUGCAAACAGGGAACUGAGCUCUGUGGUGGAGGGCUUGUUAGCUCCUGUGCUGGGUGAAGAACUGACUCUGUCUGUGCUUAAAUAUAACUCCUCACUGUCGAAGGAGUUUGAUAAGUGGCUCUGACUGUAGCAGUGCAACAGCCACUUACAACAUCCAGCAGCUCACCAUGAAAAGGAUCAGGGAAAUAAAUGACAG